CCGUACUGUCAGCAGGGCCUCGCCUUGCCCCUUCCUCCUAUCCACCACACCGCCGCUGCCGUCUCUUCACUCAAGUCCGCCGCAGCGCUCACGACCGCACCGCUGCAUCUGUCUUUGAUCUACCUGGCCUUGCCACGCGUCUCGCACUGGACGGCGUCGCGCAGCUGUAGCAAAGAAGAGCAGCGCGCCACCUCCACUCCGCUCCUGCAGCCGGGCUCUCCUCGUCUACCUCAGCAACCACGCCUGCCGGGCCGCACAGCAUCCACACUCGCAGACGUCGAGCCCGAAGCUCCAAGCAAGGCAGCCGGCUAAUCAGCAGCGCGCUCGCUCCUCCGCUGCUCGAUCAUGGCUGCGUCUGCCCAGGCGGCGUCGCAGGUGUUCGACUUUGCGGCCGACGAGGCGCAGCUGCUGCGCCAGCGCCAGCAGGCCGCGAGCAGCAGCUCCCGGACGAAGAAUGCAGAGAAGGAUGCUUCAGACGUGCAGGAGACGCCGCGGCGGCCCGUCAGCCGCGGCAAGAAGGCCGUCGCUGCGGUCACGGGCGCGAUUGCCACCAGCCUGACCAUGACGCCGUUUGACGUCAUCAAGACGCGGCUGCAGAUGCAGAACUCGCCCGAGCCGCUCUUUCUGCCGUCGCAACGGUCGCUCACGCUCGUCGGCGCGCCUGCGUAUCCACUGCCGGCGCCGACUACGACGUCGGCCCCCGUCGGCCUGAGCGGUGCCCUCCGCGCUGCACAAGCACAUCCGGCCACGUGCUGCCACGCGACGUUCUUCACCUCGAACGCGGACGCGGCGCUGGCCUGCGUGCACGACCCGCGCAUCGUCGUGGGCCCGCCUGGCGUUUCGUCUGGGUCGUCAGCCGCGGUGCGAGCAGCUCCGACACAUCUGCGGCCCAAGCGUCCACGAGCGGCGGCCGGCAAGCUUGCGCCCACACCGCCGAACGCUAGCACGGCGGCUGCCUGCGCGUUUCCCGAUCGUGGCGCUGCUGCGCGCGAGCUCGAGCACCAUGCGGGCGACCGCCGGCUGAAGGGCCUUGCGGAUGGUGUCGUGAAGGUGUGGCGGAGCGAGGGCGCGCGGGGUCUCUGGCGGGGCCUCAGUCCGACUCUACUCAUGACGGUCCCGUCGCAAGUCACCUAUAUGACGUGCUACGACGUCUUUCGCUCGCUGUUCCUCUCGUGGGAGCGAGCGCCGCCACCACGAGACUUUGGCGGCGACGCGCUGUCGAGCAUCACGGCGCACUCGCUGCUGUCGUCGCUCGCCGCCGGCGGCCUGUCGCGCUGCAUCUCGGCGACGCUCGUCACGCCCCUCGAGCUCGUGCGCACGCGCCUGCAGGCCACGACGCCCGGGCGCAGCACGUCGCUCUCCGGCCUGCUCGUCUCGCUGCGCGGCGAGGUCUCGGCGUCGGGCGUCACGGUGCUCUGGCGCGGCCUCUCGGCGACGCUCUGGCGCGACGUGCCCUUCUCGGCGAUCUACUUUAUGGGCUACGAGGGCAUCAAGCGCGCGCUGACGGGCGGUGGCCUCGGCGAGGGCAGCGUGCAGCAGGGCAAGGACGAGUUCAUGCUUGCGUUUGUCGCUGGCGCGACGUCGGGCAGCGCCGCGGCGGUGGUCACGCAUCCCUUUGACCUCCUCAAGACGCGCCAGCAGGUCAAGGGGGCGGCCGCGCAGCAACAGCGAGACCGCCUCAGUGCGUCGCUGCGCGAGCGCCGCCAGCCGGGCAUGGCCCAGGCGCUGCGCGACAUUGUGCAGCGCGAGGGCGGCGCCGGCCUCUUCCGUGGGCUCACGCCGCGCAUCGCCAAGGUCGCGCCGGCGUGCGGCAUCAUGAUUGCGAGCUUCGAGGUGGUGGGACGGUAUCUCGAGGGCUAGCGCAGGAUAGCACAUCUAGAGGGCACAAGAGAGGCGUAGAGGGGGGGGGUGAGGG